AUGAUCCACUACAGCAGCUGCCACACUCCCUCAGUGUGGAGAUCAGGGAAAAAGCAAGACUGCCUCUUAGGGGUCAGGAUGCUCGGACACUCAGCUGUAUUUUCUCGGCCUGCGGGACCGGACGGCAGACCACCAGUCCCCAAACUCCUGCUGCCUCCAGAGGACAGCGCUGAGACGUCCGGCACAGAGAGUACUCCUCCAGCUUUCGUCUCUGUCUUUCUGCCUGAGUUCCCACAGCGAAGAUUUCCUGGACAAGACCACUUCCAGAUCCUCGGCUUCAUAGCCAAAGGUUCAUAUGGACCCAUCUUGAAAGUGAGGGACAUUUUCAAAGACAAGACCUUUGCUGUUAAGGUUCUACCAAAGUCAGAGAUCUUGAAGCAUGGAGUGGUGGAGCAGUCGAAAGAAGAAGUCAUCAUUCAGCGGCAGCUCAAACACCCAUUUAUCCACAAUCUGCAGGACUGCUGGCAGACACAGCGCCAUCUCUUCAUUAUGUGUGACUACUGCAGUGUUGGAGACUUGUACACUUACUGGUUACUGAAGGGCCAGUUUGGCGAGGAUGAGGUUCGGCUGUUUGCUGCAGAGCUGGGCAGCGCGCUGGGUUUUUUAAAUUUUUUUCAGAUGGAGAACGUUCUUUUAAGUGAUCAAGGUCACCUCCGUUUGUCUGAUUUCGGACUCUCGCGGCGGCUGAAACGAGGAGGAAGAGCGUUCACAAUUUGUGGGACGAUCCAGUACAUGGCACCUGAAGUUUUAAGUGGGGGUCCAUACAACCACGCUGCUGACUGGUGGUCCCUUGGCAUUAUGUUGUUCUCACUGGUGACAGGAGAGUUUCCAGUACCUGCAGAGCCGGACCACAGUACCAUGUUUCACAAGGUCAAAGUUUUUCCUUAUGUCCUACCUGAGACUUUCAGCUCUGCUCUGAUCUUACUCCUCACUGAGCUUUUGUGCAAGAAUCCAGCGAACCGGCUUCGUAACCUGGAGAGUUUCAAGAUGCAGGCCUUCUUCCGCGGUGCUUCGUUUGACUCUCUCAUCCUUCAAAAGACACCUGUUGACGUCAUCCUCCAGCUCAGGACUCACCCUGAUUGGACCGCCAAAGCAAUGAGAGGCCUUUCAUUGGACUACUUUGAUAGCUUCGACUGUAAUCAAAUCCUUAAUUCUCCUACGACUCCCACUGAACUGUCUCCUGGUUUGGUCAGCGUGGACCCGAGCUCAGCCACAGAGCAGACUGGACUGUGUUUCUGUGCCUGA